CUCGGUUACAUUAGAUGUGUAUGUGUUGUUAAGGGUGAUAAAACUGACAAAAUAAGUUAUUAUCUAUAACACAAUUUGUAUAAAAUGAGGUGCACUUCAACCAAAAGGCACAUUCACUAAUACAGCACGACGAUGAAGGUAUUAGUUCUUCUUUCUUUAGUCGCAUUCAGCGCUGCUCUACCAACACUUCUUGGUAGAACCGCUCUGGUCAAAGAAGAUGGAACUGUUACUCUCACCGACUCUAGAGGAUACCAACUGGUAAUCCUCAAGAGUGUUACCGAUCCCAGACAAGUCGAAGUUAUUCUCAGGAGUCCAAACACAAGAACCCAGAUGUUCCAAGUUGGGGAACCACUUAGAACUAGAGAAACUAUCGACCGUACUCUCGUUGGAGUUUCAGCUUACCAAAACUAUAACCAAGCUGAUAUUCUUACUGAUAUUUUCCGUCAGUAUGAAGGUACUCUUGACGACACCAAAUACUACAGCCUUCUUAACAGAAUCCAAAUGUUAGUUGAAGCUGGACUCAUUAAUGAAACCAUCUACGAUAUCAUCAGAGACUGGGAUCUUAAACACCGUGUACAAGGAAUUAGUGACAUUGUCCCCACCCAAGGAGUAAAUACUCUUCGUCAAUACGUUGGACAAGUUGGAGAUGUUAUGCCCCUUGGUGAAAAUGUACAAUCUGGAAUCUACAGAAACUGGAACCUCGACCAAGACUUGCUCCAAAACUAUUCUCCACUCAGACAUUUCCAAACUCUUCUUGGACAAAUCCAACAGCAACGACAACUUCAACAAGGUUUAUUGAGGCAACAGCAAUAUUUACCUCAACAAUAUUUAUCUGGAGAAUAUCGUCUUGAAGAUCAAAUGAACACUAACCAAAUCUUGAACCAAAUCUACAGACAACAACUUGGACAAUCUCCAUUGAACCGUUAUUUGGUAAACAUGAGACUUGUAAAUGGACAAAAAGUAUACGAAGUUCCUGAAGAAUUCGUUAACAUUCAACUUCUCGAACAACUUACCGCUCAACAAGAAAUGAUCAACCAAAGAUGGGCUCAAAUGAUGGAAAGAAGACAACCAAUCACUGAAGACGUUCACUCUCAGCAACAUCUGAUUAACCAACAGAUCGAAAAACUUAUUGAACAAUUAGCUUACCAUCAAAAUCUCAUUACACGUGAAGUUGAACAAUACAUUGUUAAAGGACAAGUAGUUCCCCAGCAACUUGUUUACCAACAGAGAUUGGUUUACCAACAAGUUCAUGAAGUAAUUGAACGUUUAUACUACCAACAGCUCUUCAUGACUCGCCUAGCCGAAAACAUAACUGAAGUCGGUACUAUUUCCCUUCAAAGAUGGAUUUUACAGCACAAUAUUAUUAACGAGCAGAUCCAACAAUUGAUCCAACAAGUUUUGUACCAACAAACUCACGUAAGGCAACAAAUCCAAGUAUUGAUUCAACAAGGACAGGUUAUCCCACAGGAACUCGUCCUCUACCAAAGAAUUACCUACCAAAAUGUUGAAAGAGUUCUUCAAGUUUUGAUUAAACAAUUCGUCUAUCAACAAACCUACUUCAAACAGUUGAUUCAACUUUUGGGACAACAAAGAUACGCCGUUCCCCAAGAAUUGGUUUCCCAAUACUUCACCAUUUACAGCCAAUUACUUCAAUUGGUUCAACACGGAGAUGUUGUACCCCAAGAAUUGGUCUACCAACAAAGACUUAUCCACCAACAGAUUGUACUUAUGCUCCAACAAUUGAAAGUUGUUCCCCAACAAGUAAUGGCCCAGAGGGUUCCUACCACAAAACAAGAACGUUUGUGGCAAACUCAAAACCUUUACCAAACUCUACCACGCGUGUAUUAAAAACUGCUUUAUUUGUAAUUUGUUGUUAAAAUGUUUGUUAUAAUUGUUGAAAAUAAAUAAACAUUUGUUUUUGCA